AUGGACGGGGACAUGCACCGCGGCGGCGACGAGGCCGACAAGGAGAUGACCCGACUCUGGCGCACUUGGAAGACAGUCUAUGAGAUGCUUUCAGACCGAGGCUACGAAGUUUCCGACGAAGAGCUGCAAAUCUCGCUGAACGACUUCAGGAACAAAUACGCCGAUCCUAUGGGGUACCCUGAGCGUCAAAAGAUGAAAAUCCAAGCCCGCCCCACCGAAGAAAUGAAGCUGAAAUACACAGCCCUUCCUAGCAAGCUGCAGCCCAACCCUACCCCCGAUUGCGGAACCAUCUACGUCGACUUCUGUGUCGACUCCUCGGGUGUUGGAACCAAGCAAGUGCGCGCUUUCAACCACAUUGUCGACGAGAGCAACUUCCACACCGGCAUCUUCAUCACACAGACCCCUAUCUCUCCUUCUGCCGUCCGCCUUCUGAGCGGUGUCCCAGGUCGCAUCUGCGAGCACUUCCAGGAGCAGGACCUGCUGGUUAACAUCACCCGUCACGAGCUUGUGCCGAAGCACGUUCUGCUCAGUCCCGAAGAGAAGGCUCGCCUGUUGCAGCGCUACAGACUCAAGGAGUCCCAGCUGCCCCGUAUGCAGGUUUCCGAUCCCGUGGCUAGAUACUUGGGUUUGCGCCGUGGGCAGGUAGUCAAGAUUAUCCGCAAGUCCGAGACAGCGGGUCGGUACGCGUCUUACCGAUGGGUUAUCUAA